UGCCUCUCAGCAGGGUCAUGGCCACACCAGAGUCUCUCAGCCCUGGGGACACUCCACUUUCUGUCACUCCUGAGCUCCUUACAUCCUUGAAGCCCAAGGGUCCGAGGCCGGUGGGCUGGGGUGGGGGUCAGCGCUCCACUUGGGUCCUGGACCCCUGAAUCUAUACACCCGCACCCGCUGUUCUGACAGCCAUCAUGAAACGGCUGUUGAACACGCGGCGUACCCAGCCUCCCCAAGACACCCAGAAGUGGGUUCCCAUUCUUGGGGAGCUGCAGAAGACCCUCCAGAAGGGCGAGUACCUGCCCCUCCGCCCGCUGCCCAUGUUCGAGAGUAACUUUGUCCAGGUUACCAAUCAUGGGGCUCCUGCGUUUGUGCACCACCGAACCAACAAGCUGACUAUGGGUGUAGCAGCAUCCUUGCCUGGCCUAGUGUUACCUGACAUUCUGUUGCUUGCUCGGCCCCCCGAGGGUAAGGAACCCUCCAAUCUGAGCCUGACCAGGAUGAUCCCGCUAGACCUUGCCCACCUGUAUGUCCACGAUCUGCCCUCCUGGCGCCUGAAGCUGCGUCUGAUCACCGGCCGCUAUUACUAUCUGGAACUGGAUGCCCCUGACCAUGAGCUGGGCUUUCUGUUUGACCGCUGGAUUCGCCUCAUCAACCUGCUUCAUGAACCUACCAUAUCUUGGGCACCCAGGACCAUGGGCACGCUAGCUCUGGACACGCCCUUGGGAGGAACGCCAGCCUCCACCUGGCGCCUUCAGGACCACGCUGGAGGCGGAGUUACAGUCGAAGUUGCUGAGCGCACCUUUCCUUACAAAAUAUUCUCUUCUCAAAAACAAAGGAAGAGCAAGACAGUCAAGCAAAAACUCAAGUCUCAGGCUGUGGGUGACUCUCUGCCUCUCAUCUGGUCACAACUGCAGCCUGCUGAGGAGCAGGUGGAAGUCACAGAAAAGAAAUCCUACGUAGAUGCCUGCCCUGAUGGAUCCAAAACUCUAAUCCAUGUCUCUGAGAAGGCCAGCAUCACCAUCCGGACCAUCUUUAGCAUCAUCUCUGGCACGAUGAACCAGGAACACUCCAAUUCAAAGACCUACGGAUCUGAUUCUGAGGGAGCCACAGGCCGGGGCGGUCUGAUUGAGACUCCUACACAGUGUGUCCCUCGAGACAGUCCUGAUUUGCCCUUCGUGGACUCCUGUGAUGACAUGGACACCUUCCUGUGGACGCAAGACCUGGAAGACCUCAUAGACACGGAAUCCACCACCCUCUCUUCCCCCUUACACCCGUCUUACCCUCCUGCCUUCUACAUCUUCCCACAGGCUUCCUCCCGUCCGAAGUCUGGUGACAAGGCCAGGCCCGCAGGUCCAAAGAAGCAGGCAAAGCCACUGUCCUCCCAGAAGGCUGCAUCUGUCCCUGCCACAUCAGGGAAAACACCAUUCAUUCUGGACCAGUCUAAUAAGGUACCAGCUGAGCCGGCUCCAACUCAGAAGGCCCCAACCCUUCCUGCUCCAUCUCAGAAGGCCCCGGCUGCACCGUGGUCAGCCCAGAAGUCUUCAACCGUACCUAGCCUCUACUAUAAGGCCCCGCCUCCUGUUUCCCAGAAGGCCCCACCUGUUCCUGGACCCCCCCGGAAGGUCGCAGUUCUAGUCAGUCCACCCCAGAAAACCGUACCCCCAGCUCCCAAGCUUCAACAAGCACCUGCCGCUCCCCAGAAGGCCGUGCCCCCAAAGAAGGAUCUAGUCCCAAAUACUCAAUCUCAGAAGGCUCCCACUGUCCGGCAUCAGAAACCUCCCGACUCAAAGGCAAAGCCCUCUGGGGAUGCCAGCGUGGUACCGGCAGGAGACACGCUUCAGAGAAAGCCUGAAGGGAAACAGGAACCAGUGGUAUUGAUGGGAGGGCAGAAGACCAAAGUAGUAGACAUGAGGACCCAGGCCACAACCCUGCAGCUGCCCAACGCCACCACCAAGAAGCAGUCCAAGGAGAUCUUGAUCAGCAAAACCCAGGAGUUCACCCUGGAGGGCUUGAAGGCCAGAAGCAAGAUGGAGGACAAGGCCCACAAGAUGAAGGAGGAGACAACUGUGAACUUGCCUGAUCUGAAAUCAAAGGAGACAGGGACACAGAAGAAAUGGGUCCUGACCCAGGAGGUGGCGGUUGAGGGCCCCCACCCAGAGGACACCAGGCCUUUCUCUGUGGAGGGGCUGGCCCUUGCCAAGAUGAUGAUCAUGUCCAACUCCAAGCAGCAGCAUGUGGAACCAGCUGCCGUCUCCCUGCCCUCCUGGUUCUCCAUGACUUCCAGGGGGUCUAACAUGUCUGUGCUGGCCAACUUGCCCUUUAACUCCAGCCAUAUGACCUUGCCAGAGGGGAGGCAUGUAGAGGUCAGGGAACGACCGAGUUCCCAAACCAGGGUGAAGGAGAACACGCAACCCCAGAGGGAGAGGAAGCUGCCCACGGACGACUCGCUGAGGACUUCCAAGGAGCCCGCCCCUGAGUUGCCAAAGACUGUCUCUGACUCCACAAAUCUGAAUGAAACUCUUGCCACCACCGUGCACACCACAGAUUUGGAGGACACGAACCAGCCAAUGACAUCCUCUACGUCCCCCAUGUCUGAGACAGACUCCUUAGUCAGGGUGCCCCCAAAACAAGGACUCAAGCAGGAGCAAACAGAGCAGCAGCCUGUGGCUGUCGCAGGGUCAAACUCGGAAGUUCUCUUUCCCGUUGUCUUGGAGAUAGUGAAUAAGAGAGACAAGGGCACGAAAGAGGAGCUACCAUUGAAGGAUUUCAGCGGCCAGCAUGCUCAGUAAGCAGCGACCCAAGGAUUUAAGAUAAACAUAAUGCUGGAGACUCAAUCUAUCAACAAAUUAUCCGGAAGCCCAAUGGGGCCAAGGUACCCCUGACACCGGGAAGAUCUGGACCUGGAGGAGUGGGUUUCAGGACCCAGGAACCAUCCUCCCUUUCCUCCUCCUCUCACAGGCGCUCAGGGUGCUGUGCACCCCGACUGUAAGACGCGGACUGCCGAGAACAGCGUGUGUGGUGGUGGGGAACCCUCCCUCUCCCGUAGAGACCAGAGCUAGAUAUACGUUUAUAUAUUGGGGAGGGUGGGGCGGGGCAGAUGUCAGGGACAAACUCAGCUUUGCAGGGAUUAAAAGACUUAGUCUGAGACUCAAGCGCAGCCUUGUCGCCUGCUAUCUGUGCGCGCUCCAGAGCACGGGUCCCCCCCCGAAGGGGG